GCAGUCCGAUAGUAGCGAGGUUCCUGGCGCCGCUUCCAGGUUCCUCCGCGGCGGGGCGAGUCCGGGUGCUGGCGCCGAGAUGCGCCCCCUGCUCGGCCUCCUCCUGGUCUUCGCCGGCUGCACCUUCGCCCUGUACUUGCUGUCGACGCGACUGCCCCGCGGGUCGACACUGGGCACAGCCAAGGAGGCUGGAGACAGGUCACUGUGGUUCCCCUCGGACCUGGCCGAGCUGCGGGAACUCUCCGAGGUCCUUCGAGAGUACCGGAAGGAGCAUCAGGCCUACGUGUUCCUGCUUUUCUGCAGUGCCUACCUCUACAAACAGGGCUUUGCCAUCCCUGGCUCCAGCUUCUUGAAUGUUUUAGCCGGUGCUUUGUUUGGGCCAUGGCUGGGGCUUCUGCUGUGCUGUGUGCUGACCUCGGUGGGUGCCACAUGCUGCUACCUGCUCUCCAGUGUCUUUGGCAAACAGCUGGUGGUCUCCUAUUUUCCUGACAGAGUGGCCCUGCUGCAGAGGAAGGUGGAGGAGAACAGAAACAGCUUGUUUUUUUUCUUACUGUUUUUGAGACUUUUCCCCAUGACGCCAAACUGGUUCUUGAACCUCUCGGCCCCAAUUCUGAACAUCCCCAUCGUGCAGUUUUUCUUCUCUGUUCUUAUCGACCGCAGGGAGGAGCCAGCAGGUGAAGUCUGUGCCUCGUUUGUACACCAAAAGGAGAGAGGUGCUGGGAUUCCUGGAGGGUUUUGCCAGGUGCCAACUGAAAACAAUUUCUCAGAGCUUGACCAGAAGAUGGUCAGGCACGGUCGCAGAUGGACUUGGAGGCCAACCUUCCCGUCCCCAACAUGCCUCAUGAGACACAAAGCAGUGGCUGAAGUCCUACUUAUUUUUAGCAGCUGCUAUUUUAGUCAGGACCCCAGGGCUUCUCACCAUUCUCAGGAAUACCCUGAACCACUUGCAGCAGCUGCCUUACUUCCCCAGGGGGCAGUAAGCUCCCAUGUAUCCACACCAAGCUCUUCUUGAAAUGAGGACCCCUUUCCUGAGCCAUUCGGCGGUUGAAGUUGCAAAGGCUUGUCAAGCGCACAGUCCCCUAGAACCAGCUCUGUGGCAACUCCACUCAACUGUAAGCCUCACCGGGGCGGGGACCUGUGCCCGGCACAUGCCCUAAGGAAUGUUGGGCGGACGAAUAAAAUAGCUGCCGGUUCUGAGUAGCAGCAACCUGGAAGAGUAGUACAUUUCAGCCAAUUGACAGACCCAAAUCAGUCAGGACACAGUGGUCUGGAUACAUACUUGAUUAGCUCCUUCUCCCGCAUUUCUAGCUGCAGCAUGAUGGCACUCAAUUCCAUGUAUAAAUUAUUAGCCCGCUCGAGUUUUCUCUCAUAGUGCUCACGAAUAUCCAAAGCAUGCCUAUCAAAGAAAACACAGAAGCAGUGAAGCUGAGGAAUGUGAGGGAGAACUAAGGUCAGCUCUAAAGAAACAAGAACAGGAUGGUUUAUCUCAAAAGCAUUUGCCCAGGGGCCCUCUAAAUUUAAGACUCCCUUGUCCGAUGCAAAGACUCAGACAAGAGUGAGUGGGAGAUGGGAAAUCCAAGUUUUCCACUUAGUUGAUUGUUAAGGGUCAUAUCCAGCCAUAGAGGAUAGCCAGGAGGGCUACAGAUAAAACUGAAUGCAAUUUAUGUAUAAUUUACAGCCUUUGUCUAUGCAGUAUUGGCAAUAUCUUAAUAAGAAUACAGUAUAAUAUAUGUUAAGGGAAAUAUGCAGUUAAAGCACGAUCACUCAUCACUCAUUUAUACUUAUCCACACUACAGAUCCUGUCUAAUCUAGUGGUUAUCUGAGAACAUAUGUUCUAUCCCUUGAUAGAUUAUAAGCAUCUUGAGGCCUGGUACUACAUCUUAUAAACUUCUGACCUUUCAUGUUACCUAGGACAGCGGCUGAAUAAACAAAUAGCAUUGCUCCAGGAAUCUUUGUUGCAGAGAUAUAAUAAAGGAGGAUAACAGAGGUGGGGGGAGACAAUAAAAAAGUGAUAUAAAGGAGGACCAACUUUUAAAGAGAGUAACAAUAACCAGCAGAAGUGCAAGGUGUGUAGAAAAUGAAAUGAUUCACAACAAGGGUUUCUGCUAAUAUCUGAAGACCUGGGAAUGAGAAGAGGUGAAGUAGGAGACAUCAGCUGACCUGAGCUCUUCUCUGCGCCUUCGAAUCAGUUCUUCAUCUAAUCGGUGGAUACAAGUUCCUUCACUUUUGAUCUUCUCAAAGUGUUUUUUUACUUCUUCUCUCCAUUCAGCCUAGGCAAGGACAAAUUAGAUUUUGUUAAUAGUCCAGGAGUUUUAAUCCCUGAUAUAACCAUAGGAUCAUGUACAAGAUUUUCCCCCCUGUAUGCUUCUACUAAAGAGCCUUAUAGAAUAGAUGUUCAAUAAACGUUAUUUGAUAGCAAAAUAUCUCAUGCUAGUGUAUCUGCACACCCCACCCCACUCCUCACCCCAUUUUCUGUAUUUAGUCCAGUACUCAGUGCUGUCUUUUCUAAUUUUCUUUCAGUACUAGCCAUAAGAAACAUCACAGCUGGCACGCAAGCCAUCAUCUCUGGAACAAAGGAGCUCAAUUUUAAGUCAGGAUGGUGGCUGAGAGAGCCUGGCUGGAAAGAAAAGCUCUGAUAACCAUAUGGUACAAGCAUGUGUCAGUGACAAUAUGGUCAUCUUUACAUUUGGACCAGAAUUUCUCCUAGGCUUUGUUUAUGAAAAUAUCUUGAGAAAACAUUUGGAAUAGAAGAUCCAAGGGGCAUGAACAGCAGGAGAUGGGGAUAAAAAUAUGGGGAAUUAUAUGGGAAUUUGGGGGUGGGGGAAAGAAAAGAAAAAAGAGAGAAGGAGGAGGAGGGGAAAGAGCAUGGCCAAACGUUUUAGUAGUCCGACAAAAAUUUUAGGAGAGGGAUGGAUGUCUAACGUGUGAUUUAAGUUGUUCAAAAUGUAAGCCUCUUCCAAUUUCCUAAACCUUUAGUAAAGUCUCUGACAUUCACCUUGA